AUGGUAACCAGCACUCGACGUGCUGGUUACCUGAAUGAGCGGGACCUCAUCCGACAACGACGUCGCGAUCAUUGCUCCUUACUAUUAUUGUUUCAGUUCGUGCCUCUGAAGCAGCUCAGUUUGUGGCUGAGAUCACAGGAGCUCCAGCCGGCUCCAGCAGGCAGAGGAGAGCAGAAGAGAUCAGAAGUUAUUACAGUGCCAGGUGUUUUGGAGGAGGAAGGCAGAGAGGUUCCAAUUUGUGCAGAUUUGCAGGUGGCAUUAGUCGAUAUGGAUGCGAGCGUGGCGCAGCAGCUGCGUCUUGCAGGUGAGGGGGGGGAGAGCUUGGCUGCUACCUUUUCUGUGUUUGCAGCCCCAGAUGGUCCCACACUUGUAGCAAUGGCUUUGAGUUGGACAAGAUCAAGAAUGUUGUCAGAUCAAGAAGCGGCAGAGGUUUGGUACAGUGGGGAUGCGGCCACCACAGCGGAGCAGCGGCCUCCAAAGCCGCGGCGUCGCUACCGAUACCGCACCAGCAUCCGCAAAGCAGAAGAGGCCAACAACCGGCAGACCGCUUUGGAGACUCAGCUGGUCCAGACAUCGAGCGUCUCCAGGGCCCUUUCUCAGCCAUUGUCUUCACAGGUUCCAAAGGCCUCUGCCUCAGUUCCAGCAGUGGCGAAGAUGAUGCGGUCACCUGUUGGAGGAUGUGCGGGUAGUGUCGCCAGAGAAGUCAGAUCUGGCGAGGGCGAUGUUGGCGCAGUUAUAGCCGUGCUGACCACCUUGAAGCCCAGUUGGCGCGUUCAACUCAGGAGCCGCUUUCGGACUUGCAAAUUGCAGGCAGUGCAGGGACCAGAGGCUCAGCAGGCAGAGCUCAGCAGUCAGAGCUUGGCUCAACAAGGAGGGCUGUCUUUCGAUGCAGUGCUGAAGUCGAUGUCCAGACGGAUGUCGCCUACCUCGUCUGCAGAGAAGCCUGCAGCCGAGCUCCUCUCCAAAAGGAUUUGUGGAAUCUACUUGGAAAGGUUUGGCGGCUAUGGCCAGAGGGAUUUAGGAGUGAUCCGGUACCAAGUGAUGACAGCAUUGGAUUUUUUGAUGGCGGAGAAAGUGGGGGCAGCAAAGGAUACAGUGGCGUUGCUGGCGGUGAUGUUGGAGCAGGCUUGUCUCGACUCGGGUCGCUUCGAAGUGGCUCAGAUUUUGACACUGCAGGAGGACAUUCCUGCGUUAGUAUUCACCAACAGGCAGCUGGCAUCAACUUCGAGAGCUCGAGCUUUCGCGCCUUUGUCAGAUCAGUAUUGGGUGACUGCCGCCAUAGCGUUCUUGAUGGAGCUCGACGCCAUCUCUACAAAGUGCACCGAGCUUUUGGGAAGUCAUAGGGAUGCCGCAGCAGGAAGUCCACCAGCACAGCCCAGCCCAAAGAGCCCGUCGAAGAAGAGGUCAGGGAAAUCAACAAGCAGAGGAGGAGGAGGAGCAGUAGAUCAUGAUGGUGAUUGCUUUGCAGAGCGGUUCCUCAGAGAGACCACUGACUUCAAAACUUGGGCCAUCUGUCUGGCUCGCUGGGUGUUGCAAACUCGUCCUGACUUUGAGGCGAACUUUUUCUGUCGCAUGGCGAGGCCAGCAGGCUUCUGCCGCUGUGUUUCCACUUCCAGUUCCAUUUCCUGGGAUUUUUUGCUCGAGGUGGCCCUGGGCUUAGUGAGUGGCGGCUUGUCAAGCUCGCAAAGAUGCGUGUGGUUCAUGUUUUGGUGA